CUCAAGUUCAUGCUCUUAACGCCAUUAAUUCCUUCCAUCCUUCCUACUUUCUCAGCCUGUAACGACGAGGCUGGAAGAUCCACGAACUGCUAGGUUCCAUCUGACCGGUCGGCACGAUAGCUUCGGGUCGCGCGCGGCUUCAGCUCGCCUUGCAUCGUCAUUGCUCAGUGCUCAUACGAGGGCAAAUAGGACUUGCAUGCAAUAUCUUGUCUACUGUGGCUAUUGGAAAGCAUCGCGCGAGAUAAGCGGCAGUCAUGGCAGAGUCAGGUCGUCAUACACGCGCAGGCCAUGGAAAUGUUGUCGCACGCCUUCAUGCGUUGUUUCCAGGGCCAGCAUUGACCUCUCCGAGACAAGCACAGCAGCCAACCUCGCCGGUCCCACCUGCCCCGCCCCCGUCUAGACCGUUCCUGAAGGUGAGGAUUGUGACAUGGAACAUGCACGAGAGUGUACCAAAGGGCGACCUGACUGAGCUGCUUGGAUCGCUACUUGACCAAGCCUCGACAACGACGCAGGUGCAAGAUCCUUCGGGUCUAACGACCUUGCCCGCGGACGCGCGCCAUCCUUACCAUAUUGUAGUCGUUGCCGGACAGGAAUGCCCGACCGCUACAGGAUUGCCGUUGGGCCUUGGCGCGGGUUUCAAGCUCAAAGACCUCGUCGUCGUCGAGAAGGACAAGGAUAAGGGAAAGGACAAGGAGAGCAAGAAGGGUGUUGAGCACGAACAGAAGGAUGCCGAGUCAGAGCAUGGCAGCAGUCGCGUUCCCGCACUCACUGAACCAACCACUCCCCAGCUGUCCUUUGCCAUGCCCGCCGCAGUAGAUACCGAGGAAAUCAUCGAACCGUCAUCAGCCAAAGGCUCGAUAGAGAUCUCGCACCACAAGAGCUUGCUACACUCGUCUCCCUGGUCGCUCACGCUGGACGGCUGGUACAGCAACAAGACGCUACCCCAUCGGAGCACGAAGUCCUUGCCGGAAGCAUGCGAUUCCCCAUUGCCCCGGACUGACACGCCCGGCAACUCGGAUGCGAAGUCAAUAAACGUGGCAGGGGAGGCUGGGCAUAUGCAACCUGCAACGGCCCCGUAUGAGCUCCUCAUCAAGGAGAGGAUGAUGGGUCUCUACCUCGCGAUCUACGUCAAUGUGAACGUCAAGCAUCUCGUCCGAGGUUCUUCGAAGGAUGCGGUCACUACUGGUCUCAUCGGCGGAAGAGUGGGGAACAAGGGCGGUGUGGGUAUAAGCGUGAACAUCGCUGGGACCACCCUCCUAUUUAUCAACGCCCACUUGGCAGCUCAUGAAGGCAAGGUUCAGCACAGAAUCGCCGACUUCGCUAAGAUCAAGGCGGAAUUGGAUGUGGAUGACUUCCUCUCGCCGGAUGAUCCGCGGAUCAUGUCAGAGGACAUUACGGACAAGUUCGACUACACGUUCCUAUGUGGUGAUCUCAACUUCCGGCUUGACAUCACCCGCCUUCACGCAGACUGGCUCAUCUCACGCAAAGAAUACGCUCAAGCCCUCGCAUUCGACCAGCUGCGCAAGAUCAUGGAUGCUGGCCGAGCAUUCGUCGGCUUCCACGAAGCGCCCAUCGCCUUUCCACCAACCUUCAAGUUCGACGUCAUGCGCACGAUGAGGCGUCGCCGGAGCUCGUCCAAGCCCUUUGCAAGCCCGUUCAUGCCCUCAACGCCCAUACCCGGACACCAGAAGAUCCUCACUCACGUCACAGAGAAGGAGGGUGAAAUUCUUACCGGCGCGCGCGACACGCUUGACGACAACAUUGCGAAUGAGCCCGAGCAAGUGCAAGAACCAGAGCCUGAGCAGGAUGCGGCGUCCGUGGUCUCGUCAACGUUCACAUCCGCGCGUUCGAAAUACACAACCCACAGCCAGGGCGACGAGGCACAGGACAUGGAAGAGGAUGACUUGUUCUUUGCUACGGAGACAAAGACGAAGUCGGGAAAGGUCAUUCAACGGCUCUCUCUCCAUGCUAUGAAGGCGAAGUGGGUUGCGAUGGUGUCCCCAGCCAAGACGGAAUUCAUGAGCCAUAUACCUACGAAGCGGAGGAAACGACCGAAAGUAGAGUCUGUGAGAAACAGUCCUGCCCCUGAGCCUAACGGCCGUCGGUCCCAGAGCGCUCCUCGCUCAAUCAUGGACGAUCGUGCAAGUUCGACAAAUAUGUUGGACGGAGCACAGGGACUGGAGCUCCCGGACGAUGGCAAGGGUGUUUACGAUUCAUCUCACAAGCAGCGGGUGCCCAGCUGGUGUGACCGUAUCCUCUGGAAGUCUACGGUAGAGCCCGAGUUGGAGGAGACCCUCCCGCCCCUGCAGCCACCCCGAAACCGUGUCUCCAACAUAUUUCAAGUCCUCCGACCCAUCCGCAGCCGGCGCGAUUCCGCCUCCUCAAUACUUUCCGCCGUCCUAGGUCCAUUGAACAACUCGGCGACGAGGCUACCACCGUCUCCUCUGGCAUCACCGGGCGGCAAUCGUGAACCACGGAAAUUCAAUCGGUUGCAGCCUCACCGUGGCCCGCGCAUGUCGAGGCCCAAGUCCGUGGAUACCCUGCCUACGCUUACCACGCUCCGCUCGCCCAGUGAGCCUAUGCCACCCCUUCCGCGUCGCCUGAGCUUUGAGGGCGUAACACCGACGUCGGUGCCCCUGACGCAGUCGCAGACGAUGCCGCCGCCGAUGCAGGACCGUUGGACACCCGACGUCCUCGCGACUGAGCAUUCGGCUGUGCUGACCUCUCCGCCUGCGGCCGUGACGAGCCCGAGCUCUCGCUGGUUUGGGUUCCUUCCGGCGUUCUUGCACCGAGAGGGCUCGAUGCCGAUGAUCAGCAGGCCGGACAGUCCGGUUUCACCUGAGCAGCCUCCGCCACGGCGGGGGACCGUUGUGUGCCUUGACUAUCGGUCGCUCGACGAUGCGGCCAUGCGCCGCCUGGAGGGCCGCAGCGACCACCGGCCAGUCAUUGGUUCGUACGCGAUCUACAUCUAGUGUUAUGUAAUGCCUCUCGUCUCUAGACAUGUUACGUUAGUCCGUUCACGGAAUCCGCUCAUUACUGACAAGUUUACACAUGUAGAUACCCACAUACACUCGGACGGUAGCGUAGAUGAUAAUAUCCAUAUCUGUACUUGCUGGCAUGUGCUGUACGUAUACCCAGCUCUCGAUGCUUUAUGUUUUGGUCUCUCAAA